AUGGAGCUCUUGAAAAAUUGUAAAGAUUUUUUCAAGGAUCUUAGAUCAAACACAGACUUUAAUAAAAUGCUUUGCGAUGCUCGAGAACUCGCCGACGAAAUUGACAUACCGGCUAAUUUUGAGCUCAUCCAGCCACGUCAUAGAGUUCGAAGAACGAAUAUUAAUUUCGACUAUGAGGCACAAGAUGAUCCGAUAGAAGAUCCUACUUUGAAAUAUAAGGCAGAGUUUUAUUUUUUCACAUUAGAUAAAGCUAUCAAUGCCCUUGAAUCCAGGUUUGAUUUGAUGAGUUCCCACAGCAACUAUUUCCAAAUUUUAUACAAUAUUUGUGAUUUAAAAGAUACUCCUCAAAACGACGUACUAAAGUAUUGUAAAUAUCUAGAAACAAGGUAA